CACAAAUUCCAUCACCAAAUUGACCGUUCCUUCAAAAGUCAAUUGUGUUUCUUGACUCUGUGCUUUAUGCUCGUUUCCAUUGCUUAAAAACUUUUAAUUUGUUUUGGCAUGGCAAAGUAUCCUGAAUCAGUGCAUGAUUUAACUGUCAAGGAUGCUAAGGGAAACGAUGUAAAUCUCAGCAGGUUCAAAGGAAAAGUCUUGUUAAUUGUUAACGUUGCUUCAAAAUGUGGAAUGACCAACUCAAAUUACACAGAGCUGAAUCAAUUAUAUGAAAAAUAUAAAGAUCAAGGCUUCGAAAUAUUGGCAUUUCCAUGCAAUCAAUUUGGGGAUGAGGAACCGGGAAGUAGUGAUGAGAUUACAGAGUUUGUUUGCACUCGCUUCAAAUCAGAAUUUCCCAUCUUCGACAAGAUUGAAGUAAAUGGUGAGAAUUCUUCUUCAUUGUACAAGUUCCUAAAAUCAGGAAAAUGGGGAAUUUUUGGCGAUGAUGUACAAUGGAACUUUGCUAAAUUCCUUGUCAGCAAAGAUGGAAAAGUAGUCGAUCGUUACUAUCCUACAACUUCUCCUUUAAGUCUGGAGUACGACAUUAAAAAGCUAUUGGCGAUCUAACGAGCUGCAGAAAUAUGAAGCUUCAUCAAGUUUUCCGGGCUCUCAUAGCAUGGGUUGUUUUGUGCAUGUUGAUUUGCUUUUCAGGCUUGUGGAAUUAAAGUACCUAAUGUGAUGAUUGUAUGCUCCUUUACAGUUUAUACAUGUUGUGUGGUUGAAAGAUCAAGCUAUUUAUCCUUCU